AUGAGAUAUCACAAUGAGAAAUCUCAACAUGAGUCUUGUGGAAAUUGGGAGAAGCAAGAACACAACAGGAAAAAGACUUUGAUAUCGCAAUGGACGACACUUCUUCGUGUUGCAACACAUGGUGGUCUACAUGAAGCUUCGAAUGCUGUGAUAGAUUAUUUGAAUGGAAACAUAAAGAUGUUUAUCUAUGAAGUUGAAAUUCCUCAAAUCAGUUGUUUCAUUCUUUCCUUCAUUCAACUUCAUUGUUUAUUGUCACUUAAAACGAAAGACCGAAUGUGUCUUAAUCAAGAACGCAGUCGACCAAUGACAAGCAUUGAUGUAGGUCCCAUUUUCAAAGGUUCAUUGAGAAAAACUUUCAUGCUGAUAACCGAUGUUUGUUUACCAGAAAAAUCAGAAAUAUCUUCAGGGUAA